AAUGAUAUAAACAAAUUUUGGUCACUCUUUUUUCUGAAAUUAAUAUUAUGGUGUAAAUAAAACAGUUAAGCACUAUUUUAAAAUACAAUUGACAGUUUUACAGUUUCAAUUAUCUUCUUAAAUAUCAACAACAAAUAUACAGUUUUUGGUAAAUUAUUUUUGUCGAAGGUUGCCACAGGAUAUAUAGUGGUAAGCAUAUGUACAAAUUUGAAUAAAGAUUUACCGUAUUGGAUCAACUUCAUAUCAACAAGAAAGGACUACGCUAACUACGGGCGGAGCCGAAGUUGAUAUACCCUUGCAGAUACAACGUUUAAAAUGUUAUUAAAAGAAAAAAAGCAUGAGUAUGGGCAAGUGUGACUUACUGUUCGAAUGCCCUGAAUAAAAAUAAAGGUGAAAAGUAAAUACUGUAUCCUAUUCUGUUUAUGGCUUUUAAAGACUUUAUUGAAUACAAUGGGAGCCAACACCUCUAGCAAUAGUUGUUCUAACGUCGCAUCAUCAGGAAGCGUGAACAAUAAUACGGGCAACUCUAAUGGAAACUUUUCUGUUGUUAUGCCUAUCAGCAUGACAGGAAUGGUAACUUCAGGUUCUGAAGAUGUGGCAAGUGGAGGUGUUAGGGUUUCAAACGGAAGUAUGAGAGAAAAUCCUGAUAAUAUAAUAUGUAGUGCUCAAUUCCAUCGUGAGCAAAGACGAAAACGUACUACAGGGUUUGCUACACUAAAACGUAAAUUAAUUCGACGGCGCCGUUCGUCUAAAGCUUGCGAUCAUGCUCGAGUUUUAAGAGAUUUUGUAUCUGAUUGGACACCAUUGGAAUUGGCUGCACUUUGCGAAGAGUUUGAAGCUUUGUCAGCUCUGAGGGACUUGUCGGUACAAGCGGAACUGGCUCGACCACCUGCAGCGACAUACAAACAAGACUUAGCAGCUCUUUAUGACCAAAAUUUGUGUGCAGAUUGUGAUCUUGUUUUUCGUGGAGCAGUCUUUCCUGUUCAUCGUUCAAUAUUAUCGGCCCGUUGUGCAUAUUUUCGAGACUUACUUAUUGGAUGUCCAGGAUUCGGAGCGCGUGUAUGCCUUGAACUCCCAUCGUCGCCUAUUGAUGUUCAAAUGUUUUCUUCAUUAUUACGUUACCUGUACACUGGUGACCUAUGUUCUCAUAAUCCAAAUGUUGACAUAAGCGUGUUGUGUCAGCUGGGUGAACAUUUUGGCACUCCGAACCCUCUGGAACAUGAUUUACGAUAUUUGUUGGAAACAGGUGACUACGCAGAUGCUGCGCUAGUGUUCACAGCAGAUGGAACAAACGAUCAUUUAAGACAAGACUCAGGAUCCUCGGAGUAUGGAUUUCGUCCUAAAAUCGAACUUCCUUGUCAUAAAGCAAUAUUAAGCGCGCGGUCACCAUUUUUCCGUAAUUUAAUUGCACGACGUACACGUAAGAUAGAUGAGUAUGUUGAACGAUCUUUACACGUUCCGACUCGUAUUGUGUUAGACGAAUCUGUAAUUCCGAAAAGAUAUGCACGUGUAUUGCUACAAGCUAUUUAUUUAGACACAGUAGAUUUGACAUUGAUCUUGCGUGGUGUUGGAUCAAGUACAACAACGGGCUCCCUUGGAGAAGUCCAUGCUUUAACCAACACUGGCCGAGUGCGUCCAACAACUCUGGAGGAAGCUAUGGAGCUAUAUCAGAUCGGACGUUUUUUGGAACUUGAUAUUUUAGCUCAAGGAUGUGAGGAUUUGAUUUUAGAAUGGUUAUCUUUAGACACUUUGCCCACAAUUUUAAGGUGGGGCUGCCAGCCUUAUGGUUCUGCAUGGGUUUUUCGACAAGCUUGUCAGUAUUUGCGCGAAGAAUUUGCGGCUGUUAGUGCCUCGCCAGUUCUGCAUCAAUUAGAUAAAUCACAGUUAAAACACGUAUUGCAUAGUAACUUCUUACAAGCGUCGGAGUUAGAGAUUUUACAAGCAGUUUUAAAAUGGGGCGAGCAAGAGCUUAUACGUCGUAUGGAAGAUAGAGAACCAAAUUUGUUGUCACAUACAGCUCACUCAGUAACGCGCAAAGGCGUAAAGAAACGCGACAUAAGUGAUAUAGAACUAAGAGAAAUUCUUUCAGAACUACUACCUUUAGUGCGGAUGGACCAUGUCUUACCUCCUCAUUGUGACGUUUUAUGUCAAGCUAUUCGAAGAGGUCUCGUAAGUACACCUCCAUCACAUAUGAUUGGAGAUGAAAGAGAAAAUCUACGUAUUAACGCUUGGAUUCGUGGAGGCAAAAACCAGGGACUGUAUGUUAGGCCGCGUUUAUUUAUGCCAUAUUUUGAAGAAGUAAAAACACUUUUAGAAGAUCGAAUGCCAACGCACAAUCAUGUAGAACUAUUACGAAUGCGCACGACUAGGCAUCCUACAAAUAUUCCAGACACAUUGUAUAUGGUAUCACAUUUAAAUUCUUCCUCGAACCGGGGUAUUGGGUCAGAAAGAAACAAUGAUGAAGAAAAUUUUGGUUUUUUUGGGGGAGCAGUUGCAAUACCGCCACCGGACACCCAAACGUUAUUAGCUAUGCGGAAGCGUGAACAUAAAUUGCGUCAAUCACCAAUGUGCCAACGUGCAUUGCUGCUCCCUCUUUCAUCCAAAAAUGAAAUCGACAGGCAAAUUAGACUUCGAGUUGUUAGAGAGUUUAAUCUUCCCGAUGAAGUAUCUGAUAUAUUGGGAAACUCCCUCCAAGUCAAUAAAGGAUUUAAUGACAUUGCUACGGAAGCAACUAGUACACCAUCAUCUGCCCAAAAUGAAGUUAGUGCACUUGAAGAUGUUAACCAGAGUCCCCCUCCUUCGCCAGCUGCUCAUGGUUCAAUUCAACAAUUCACAAACGCUGCAUCUCCAUUUUUAUCGACAGCUACCAUGGCAUCAUCACUGUCUUCAUAUAAUACUGAGGUGGUCCACCCAUGUAACAAUCGUAAUCUUACUUUUCCAAGACUUCAAUCAAAUGGAAUUAUAGGUGCAGCUAAUUUUUUGGCAUGUAGCUCUGGUCCUGCAGCACAGUACAGUUACGCACGACUCUCAAAUUCCAGUCAGCAUCGCAACGAUUUGCCAGCCUUGAUAACUGAAGGAGAUUUCUGCCUGGGGUCAGACGUGGAAGCUGAGGGUGGAGCAUCUGCGUUAGAUUCCGGUAACAGUCAUCUUUCCGAAGUGAUGCCGGAUGUAGCUAUGGCUACUGCAUCAUUGGGCCAACUUCAUUUGACAAAUAGUGGAUCUGGGUGUAUUUCCACAAGCACUCGCGCUUCAAUUAUUAAUAACGAGGUACCAGAAAGCUUGCAAUUGGAUUUAGGCGAUGGUCCGAGUCCUCAUGUCGUAGGUACUGCAACAAGCAGUGUUACUUUACGUAAUAUUCAGCAACUGCCUCAAAACAACUAUCACCAUUUCAGACAUCGUUCAAAUUCACCUUUUGAAAUCCUCCGACAAGGACAACCGUCACCAACAUUGCACCGCGAACAUUCCGGAAUGUUUAAUUCCGGUCCACCCAGAUUUUUAUAGAGGCUGCAAAUUGGUCCGACAUGGGAAAAGCAUGCCUUUCUGAGUAGAAUCCAAUAUAACUAUCCGUUUAAAAGUUUAGAUAAUUAAUAUUAAAUACUUAUAUAAUAUAAUCAUUUUCUUUUUAUCAUUGUAUGUAUAUUGAAAUAUAUGUGAAUUUGUUAACUCGUGUUUUAAA